AUGAGUGACGGCGCAUACUAUCCUGCGCGUCACGACCCUGACAACCCCACCAACCAGCAGUCAUACUACCCUGAUAAUGCUACAUAUCAGCAGCCUUAUUACCCUGCCUAUCAUUAUGUCAUGCCUCCUAGCGGCUAUUUGACCAACGAGCAUGCGCAUACGAGCCCUUCCUCCACAACGCCCGCCCCCACGUUUCCACAAUACUACACACCUUCCAAGCCAUUGCAGUAUGCUUCAUCUGUAGACGUGCUGCCUGCCGGAUAUCCAGAACAAGCAUAUACCUACGGCUGGCCGGCUCCAGCUGCAUAUAGCCAGUACAUGCCAUCGCCAAAUACAAUCGAUGUGUCGGAGGCGUAUGCUAGGAAGAGAAAGCCUGAUGACGAAUACGCAGCCGCGCAACACAAACGGUCAAGGCCAGAAGCAUCGGCAGUAUACCCUACCUCACGGCCAUUGUCGUCAAAUGAUGGCGGUCGGGUUAGCGGACUUCCUCCCGGUACACAACACAAUCCAUUUGAGAUUGACGCGAGCCCGGAGAAGGCAGUGGGGAACAGAGCGGGAGAGUUGAAGAAGAAUCUAGGGCACUCCAACCUCCCAAAUGAUCUCAGGGAGGCUGGACUCUAUGUUCAGAAGCCUGAUCCCUCUGCGAAGAAAAGCAAACUCUAUGCAGUACCUGGCGGGAGAAUACCGGGUAUAUACACCGACUACCAGUUGGUCAUGCAGCAAACAGACAAGUAUCCAGAUUCGCGCCACAAGAAAUUUGGGAGCGAAGAUGAGGCUUGGGAGUUUAUGAACGCCAAUAGGCAGUACGUUGAGACAGCACUCCAACGCCCGAAAGAGAGUGAUCGUUCCUCAUACACAUCGCCUCCUCCACCCUACACACCUCACGCAUAUGCUCUUCCGACCCCACCCUCAGAGCGAUGUGCGCAACCAGCAAACGAUGGUACAUCAUCACCUACGGAACGACCACUUUCAGCGAAUCCACCGGAUACCCAUGCAGUCCAUUACGUACCCGAACUUGAACCCACAUUGAGCACCGAGCAGCAACAUGUGGUUGAUCUGGUUAUGAGGGGACGUAACGUAUUCUAUACCGGAUCUGCAGGAUGCGGGAAGUCUACCAUCUUAAAGGCUGUAGUCAGAAAACUGAAGGAACAAGGAAAGCAUGUCCAGAUCAUAGCACCUACCAACCUCGCAGCUCUCAAUGUCAACGGGCAGACAAUAUGGAGCUUCGCUGGAUGGACGCCGAACUCGAUCAAAAAGUCUCUGGAUAAAUUGAAGUCAGCUGCUUGUGGAGAGGAAUCGUGGGAAAGGUUCAAUAUGGUGGACGUGCUCAUCAUUGAUGAGAUCAGCAUGAUUGAAAACCACAUGUUGGAACGUUUGAGUCAAGUCAUGAGCAGUGCUAGAGGGCCAGAUCGUGGACCGUUUGGUGGCGUGCAGGUUGUUUGUACAGGUGACUUCUUUCAGCUGUCGCCUGUAAAGCCAUUCGCUCAUUGUCUCGGUUGCGGCUGGGAUCUGAAGCGUGCAUUCAGGAAUAGCGAAAUAAAGUACACAUGCGAUAACCGUCAGUGUCGUUACAGCCAUUUUUUGGAUACUGAUAAAUGGGCGUUUUGCAGCAAAGCCUGGCAGGAAUGCGACUUCGAGCACAUAAAUCUCACUGAGAUCCACAGACAGAGCGACAAGAAGUUUAUUAGUAUUCUUCAAAAGAUCCGAAUAGACGGCACGAUUGUGGAAAACCACAAAAACAUCCUCCUUAACCACAAGUCUGAGGCAGAAGGGGGCGUUAAACUCUUUUCAAAGGUCGCAGCUGUCGAGAAAGAAAACAGGGAAAACAUUGACAAGCUACUUUCCGAACCUAUCGACUACAAGAGCCUCGACACUUUCGAUUGGAGGAACCGAGAAGACAUAUCACUGUCGAAAUACCAAAAGGAAUCGGAUAAAGUGCCUGGCACAUUGCAGCAACUGAAUGAUCAUCGUUACGACGCUAAUAUAAGGCUCAAGGUCGGGAUGCGAGUAUUACUCAAGGCAAAUGUCGAACCGACGUCUGGCCUUGUUAAUGGCGCCCAAGGUACCCUUAUUGAUCUUGAACCGUUUGACGAACACAAAUUACCACGCAAAUCAGAAAGCAAAAAUGACAUAAGCGGCAGUAUCAAAGGUUCCCACGCCAAGUAUGCCGAGCGUCAGAUCAAGGUAUACGCCGACCGUAACCAAAGAAAGCCGUGGCCAAUCGUGCAGUUCGACAAUGGCUUGACUAGAACAAUAUAUGCCGACUGUACUUGCAACGAAGUCGGGGACGACGAGCCAGUCAGUGUGUUAUCGAGGACACAGAUUCCACUUGUAGCAGGGUGGGCUCUGAGCAUCCACCGUGCACAAGGAAUGACGUUAGACCGUGUAAUUGUAGAUCUCAGUGAGGUUUUUGAGUCGAGUCAGGUAUAUGUUGCUCUCAGUAGAGCUCGCUCGUUGGGAGGUCUGAAGGUCUCAGCACUUCCGAGAAGAAAUUUGCCAGGAACGAACCAACAGGUGAAGGAGUUUUUCUUGAAACAUCUUGCCAAGAACUCGCCUUAUUCUUCUCAGAUGCCCUCUGCAUCACAGGCAUCACAAGCGUCACAAGCGUCACAGGUGUCACAGGCGUCACAGGCGUCACAGGUGGCGUCUUCUCAAACAUGA